AUGUUGGAUUUAAUUAUGUCUGCCGUUCAGGCAAUCAUGCAAGUAAUGGUGAUUGUACUAGUAGGCUCCAUCUUAUACUCGAGAGGCUACAUUGACAAUGAAAAGCAAAAGUGGCUAUCCAAAUUGAAUCUCUUCUUUUUCACACCCUGUCUGUUAUUCUCCAAUAUCGCAUCUGUCAUCUCAUUCGAAAAACUACUGGCUUAUUGGCCUAUUCCAGUGUUUUACUGUGUGUUUACAUUGAUCUCUUGGUUGUUGUGUCAAACAGUGAUGCCCAUGUUUGGUGUAGACAAAUACUACAAACGGUUCAUAUUGGCUUGUGUGAUGUUUUGCAAUACCAAUUCAUUGCCAGUGGCCAUCAUUUCGAGUUUAGCAGUUUCAGAGGCAGGUAAAACUCUGUAUUGGGGUUCAGAUGAUAAUCAAGACAUGGUUUCUGCCAGAGGCAUAUCGUAUACUCUGUUCUUUGGCCUCUUUUGUAACAUCCUGAGAUGGUCGUAUGGCUACAAUUUACUGCAGCGCAAAGACGAGGAUGAUGAUACUAUUGUAGAAGACGAUGUCUCAACGCAUUCAAGCAGCUAUGGAUCAUUAAAUGAUACCAGCAGACGCUCUUCAUCAGCCACCAUGUCUGAUCGACGCAACGAAGAUGUAGAAGCCAACAAAGCAAACGCUUCCACGCUUAAAGAACCUCAUGAAACGGCUACAUUAUUAGAUCAACGACAAUCCAAACCACAAUCACAACUUCAACCCUCUCCAUGGAUGCAAUGCCUCAAAUCCAUCGACAAGUACAUGUCGCCCCCCCUUUAUGCUGCAUUAUUAGCCCUUUUCGUUGGCUUGUGUCCUCCCAUCAAACAUCUCAUGUACAAUACAGACUCAUUCUUUUACGCCUCACUUACAAAAGCCAUUGAAUCUUGUGGAAAAGCAUCUGUGCCUAUUGUUUUGGUGUGUCUGGGCGCUCAACUGAAAAGUAUCAGAGAGACACAACACGAAAGUUCUCCUAAAUACCGUCAACCAGUAUCGUUAUCCAUCUUUAUCCGUAUGGUAUUGACGCCCCUGUGUGUGCUUCCACUAGUCUAUGCGUUUGCAAAAUAUGGAUCCAAGUGGUCAGAAUUAGCCAAUGAUCCUAUGUUUAUCGUCAGUAUGAUUGUGGUGGGAUGUACUCCUACAGCUAUUAAUCUAGCACAAAUUACUCAAGUCAGUGGCAUUUUCGAAGAGGAGAUGUUGAAUGUCUUGUUCUGGAGUUACGGUGUCAUUUGUAUACCAGUCUGUACAUUUGUUGUCUUUUUGGCACUGUACAUGGUUAAAAGCAUGCACUAG